AUGAAAAUCAAAUAUGAGUUAAAUUGCUGUCCGACGUUUCAGUUGGGACAAGUCAGAUUUUACCGAACAUUAAUGGCAAACCUCUGACGUUUCGUCUUCGGCGGUCAACUCAACCACACGCCCUGCUGUUGUUGUGUUUGUGAGGGGGUUGGGGGGUUGCUAGCAAGCUACCAUAGACUUAAAGAAAUCUCAUUCACCGUGUUAUUAUGUAGCAUUGUGCGAGCUAGUUGUAACGGUACAGUCAUCUGGAGUAAUGUGACGCUGAAAAUGUUAAUUUCAGAUAUAAGCUUAUGAAGAGAACACAUGUUUUUCUAGCUGGUCUUAGUGGUCUGUUGAAAGCGUAACAACUUCUUUGAUUUAAUGGACGGGUUUCUUACUGUUUGACCCGCCAAUGUUAGCGAUAGCGAUAGCUGGUUUGAAAGGUAAUGUUAGCUUGCUAACGAGCUAGUUAGCAUUGUCUAUUUUAAAGCUAUGCUGCUGAAUUGGAUAUUUUGAGACCACGAAAACUCAUAGUUACAGUCACCUACAACUUAAUCAAGUUCCCAUAUCUGCAGGAGGAAAAGGUGUAGUUAUCGAAAAUGUAUUUACCUUAAAUUGAUUUGAUGUUGCAAGCUGUCCAGAGUGGCUAGGCUAACAAGGUUCUUAGUAUUAACUUACUUUAGCCAGGAUUGUUACUGCAACAUUUCUCCAUUUUCACACCAAUAUCUUUUUUAGUAUUAUCGUUUUAUUGUUUGUUUGCUCGGAUGCUGAUAGAUAGGUCAUAGUUGCCAAAUUGCUAGAUCUAAUCUUACGUCAACAAAGUAAUUUGUGCCAUUAGCUUAUUCAUUUUCACUUAAGACAAACACAGCCGUGUAUGAUCAACAUCUGAAUGCUGCCUACACUAGUGUCUUAUUGCCAGGCCACUGUUACUUAAAGCAUCGACACACAGCCAUCCACCAGAUUUUAAAUGAUUCUUUUCUUUUCUGAAUUAGAAAUUAUUUUCUGAUUUUUCUGCCAACAAGUAAAGUUACUGUAUGCUUAUCCCCUCAAAUAUAGAAUAUGUCUUCAUUCUUCAUGCAUUCGUUUUCGUUUUUCUGAAGCACAUUUUGUACAUUGCAUUGCCACCCACUGUUUUCUGUUACUGUGUUUCCCUUUGGAAAAUUUCAGGUACCUCCUUAAGAAGUAGGCAUAGCACUGCGUGAGCCCCCCGAUGUGUGGGGUUUGUGAGGGUCUGUUAUCACACACCCCACCAUCUAUCCCCACGUGACGUGUCCUCUCCCCCUAACACACGCACACACUCUCACCACGGCGAUGUCACACCAUCCCAACAACUCAGUCCGAGACCAUAUGAAAUGGGCUGGGUUGCUGGGCUGUGAGGCGGUGCUGUCCAGCAUGGCGCUCAUGCAGGCCAACUCCAUGUCCGGCCACAAGAAGAUGGUGACGCCGCUGGGACCCGGCCAGAGGGAGAACCAGGAGGGCCACCACAGCCACGGUCAUGGUCAUGGACACGGCCACGGUCACGGACAUGGCCACGGCCACAGCCACAUGGUGCUGCCCUCUGGAGUCAGCUGCUCGCCCGUGGUGAGACAGCCGCAGAACGCAGAGCAUAUGAUCCGUAAAGACGGGGAGUUCCACUCGUCUCGAUUGCUGGACGAGAAGGACAUGCGCGCCAGCCAGAGCCAGAACAUGCAGCCCAAGAAGAAGCACCGCAAGUCGGGCACACCCAACAAACUGCGAGAGAAACCACAGUGUGUUGUUCAGAUUGAGGUGCCUGACAUCAGUGACGAUCUAAGCAAAGUCCAGAAGAACUUCAUCUGUGAACACUGCUAUGGCGCUUUCCGCAGCAGCUACCACCUGAAGCGCCACAUCCUCACACACACAGGGGAGAAGCCAUUUGGGUGUGAUGUGUGUGACAUGCGGUUCAUCCAGCGCUACCACCUAGAGAGGCACAAGCGGGUUCACAGUGGCGAGAAACCCUACCAGUGUGACCGCUGCCACCAGAACUUCUCUCGUACGGACCGGCUGUUGCGGCACCGCCGCCUGUGUUCAGUGGGCAUUGCGAAGGAAGAGAACCAGUCGUGUUGCGAGGGCCGGCCGUACUCCCAGGAGGCUCCGCCACAACACACGGCCACAUGGAGCCCCUUACAGUCCCCCAACGGGCGCCUGGCCGUCUGAUCUCCAGCUCUGCACCGCCAGUCGGCCGGCCAGCUUGUCUGUCUGUCUGUCUGCGUUCCCCACCAGCCCAUCCAUCCAUCCCUCCAUCCAUCCAUCCCUCCUGAUCUGACAGCACAGGGCUGCAGGGAAUUAGUCCAUCAAUGCCACAUACACACACACACAUUCACUAUCACACACACGAAGCUCUGUACACUGGAACAGACCAGGCCUGCUGACUGCGCUGGGUGAACUGGGGCAGAUACACUAGACUCACAUAGACUGCUGUUGUGUCAGUCUCUCCUGCCUCAUAUCCAGACUGAGGGACAAUGGAGACUUUUCUACUUGUUGUAAUGAACAUCGAAAAAAAAGUGUUUUUCUUUCUCUAGUUUGUUACAUAGUUGGUACUGAAACUAGAUUUGGAUGGGCUUAGUUGUGUUGUCACACCAUGGCAAUAAUGUAUUCUCUUAUUAAACUGUAAGAUAAUGAUGUUUCUGUUGGAUGCUCUGUCGAAGAAUGUUCCAGAGCAUCCUUCAGCAGACUUAUGGGAGACUCCUAUGUGUCUGUGUCCUAAGACUCCGUGCACUGGACGGGUCUCUAGACACAUGGGCGAAAGCCCACAGCUGCGUGAUGUUCCACGACUCACCACCACAAUGAGAGGAGUAAGAACCUGCUGAACGCUCAGUGUGAAAAAGUGGCCUUUUCACUGUUUUUAAUCUUUUUUUCCCUCCUCCAUUUCUGGUCAUGUUGGCUGUGAUCCAUUUGCUCUUAUAGAAAUGUUUGUAGAUCCAGUUCUCUACUGUGAUUAGACACAAUAUUAAUGUUCGAUCAUCAUAAGUGUCGGACAGAAUCUGUUUUUACAUGGACCGCAACCAAGCAGUCAGUAGGCUCAGUUGACCUGCCAAGUGCCAUUUCAUUACUGUGUUUAGUGCUUAUUCCAGCCCCAGCCCUUCAGAUUACCCAGGCAACUGUGGUAGCUAAAUGUCUCUGCUUGGCACACAAGUCCCUGUAAUUUAGGGUCAUUUCUUUUUAAGGCCAGAGAUCAGAAACUUGGGCUGACAAGUUGCAUUUGGAACUAAUUUUUCUUUUCUUUUUUUUUUUGUUCUUAAUGUGGAUGUGUCAUUGGUCAAGGAAGGUGGUAAAGGCCUGGUGCUGCUGUAGGGCUACACACCUGAAUCUCAAGUACUGUGUGUCAGGUUUUUUUUUUUUUUUUAAGCACUGGAUUCAUGAAGCCAAAAGUAGAGGAACAGAUUGUUAUUUAGUACUUUUGAGUAGGUAUCAUCUUCCUCUUAGAGGAUGGCUUUUUACUUGAGGCCAGUUGUUUCCUGGAUCAGUGUUGUAUUAAGAGGUCAAAUUAGGUCGCUUACCAGGAGAUUGGCUUUAGCUCCUUCCUCUGACCAUAGGCAGUUUUUGUACCUGCUGAAUUUAAGUUAAUAUAUAUAUUUUUUUAAUUUUUAAAAAAAGUUCUUAGGAAAGUUGUAGUAUAGAAUAGCAAGCGAGGAUUCAUUUUUUUCCCUCUCUAAAGAAGUAGUUUUGCAUGAAGUUUUGAUCCUCUGGCCUAUACCACAAAGUUUUUUUUUUAAAUAAGAAAAUGGGUAAACAUUUGUUUUGUUAGAAAAAAAAAUGCCUGUUUUAUUCUUUUUUUUUUUAUUCGUCCUAAACAAAUGAAGUUAAUGAUGACCCUAGAGUAGUGAGUGGAGAAUUAGGGCCCAAUCAAUAAACUAAAUAAAGUGUUUGUUUUUUUUAA